ACUUUCACGCUAUACUUCCGGUAUUGAUUGAACAUUUGCCGUUGUCGCAGAGUAGUGCUUUCUGUUGGACUCUUGCACGUUACAUUUUUUCAUAAUAUCUUGAUUGAUAAUAUGGCUUUUGACCUGUCCUCUGCCAGUGCGUCUGAAAAUGCUGAGGCCUCAGAACUUCAGAGGAUGAUAGCAGUCGAGCAACAGAAAGCUCAGUUUGAAGCACAGGUGCACACCUUCACCGARGUGUGCUGGGACAAAUGCAUGGAUAAGCCGAGCAGCAAGCUGGACUCCCGGACGGAGACYUGCCUGGCUAGCUGUGUGGAGCGCUUCAUUGACACCACCCUCACCAUCACAAACCGCUUUACUCAUAUGGCGCAGAAAGGGGGCAUGCAUUGACUCAACAGGGAGAAAAUGAAGAAAAGGGGUAUGCAUUGAUUCAUUCAGUCACCGAGACAGACUUUCAUCGGAGUAGGCUUGUCAGAUUCAACUCGACACUUCAGGGACAAGAUCAAAGGACCUGUGCAACGAUUAUCUUCUUGUCCAAUGACUAUGCUGAUCUAUUUUUAUUUUAUUACGUUUAUUUGGCAGGGACAAUGCACAACAAAAACAUAAGUCUCAUAGCACUGAGAAAUGAUGUCGCACCAGAUUUAGCUAAUAGCUACUUUCCAUCUGUAGUCCCCYGGCAGGUGAACAUGGAAACAUUAUACACAAAACAGACAUAAAUACAUCAGACAUGUAAAAAAAKAAAAAACAGAUGAGGACA